CCCCACACGCCCAGCGCCAGUCAACGGCGCGAUUCUCCCGCGCGCCACUCAUGGCAGUCGCCGCGCCUCUCAGCGCCCGCCUCGCUGCGGGCAGCGCGCGGGGCCACUCGCCAGCCGUGCCGCGCGUCGCCGUCUCCGCGUGCCCCGGCGGCACCCCCUCCAGCCCCCUCCUCUCAUCCACCCCUCUCCUCUCGCGCCGCUCGCACGCUUGUACCGCCGCUGCCCGCGCGCUCCCCGCUGCCGCGCCCCUCAUCCGCUGCGCGCUUCCCGCGCAGUGCGGGACGAAGAAGCCGCACGGCUGCGUGAGACGAACGCGCGGAGGUGCGAGAGCGAGAGUAGCGUGCGUGCUGCCGUGGCCUCUCGAGUCUCACACGCAGCACGCGGGUGUGACGAGGGGGGCGUUGGGGGCCAUGGAGGCGAGCGAUUGUCGGUCGCCCCUCUCCUUCCCCUCGCAUCCGUCGCCGCCCUCCUCUCCGUCGCCCUUCCCCCCUCCGCGCUCGCCCUCACCCCCUCAGCCUUGACGCCUUCCGCCAUCGCCGCAUCCCUGCUGCCGCCUUUGCCUACCCCGCUCGCCCUGCCCCUCUCCGCGCUGCCCCUGGCGGCGCUGGACCUCGCCGCGUGGGGGGACGCGCUGGACGACGUGCUCUUCGCGGCGGCGCACGUGUCGGACCGCCUCGUGUCGCUGCAGCUCGCGGCGCUGUCGCCCGCCAGCGUCGCCGUGCUGUUCUUGGCGGGCGUGGCGACGUCGCUCACGCCGUGCACGCUGUCCGUGCUGCCGCUCACCGUCGGCUACAUCGCCGGCUUCCAGCAGGCCAAGCCGCGCGCCCUCGUCGCCGCUGACGCCGCCUGCUUCGCGCUGGGGCUCGCCGCCACGC